AUGCUUUAUCCAGUGAGAGGACAUCAUAAGCUUUUGGCUCCCAUGCUAGCUUCGCCCAAGAAAAACAUGAAGAAACUUCAGUUGCACAACAAAACAUACAGCAAGGUAUUGCAGAUGCAUUGCCUUGGCGUUGCUCUUGUGUUGAUGGUCUUCUGCUUGCCCUCUCCUACCAGUUCCUGCACGGAGCAGGAGAAGGACUCCCUUCUCCGGUUCCUUGCCGAGCUCUUCCAAGACGGCGGCCUCUCCGCAUCAUGGCAGAACGGCACGGAUUGCUGCAAGUGGGAAGGGAUCACAUGCAUGCAAGACGGGACGGUCACCGCUGUCUUACUGCCUUCGAAGGGCCUCGAGGGGCGCAUCUCGCAGUCUCUUGGGACGCUCGCCGGGCUACAGUACCUUGAUCUCUCUCACAACUUGUUGUCCGGUGGUCUGCCGCUGGAAUUAUUGUCUUCCAGCAGCAUCGCCAUCCUUGAUGUCAGCUUCAACCAGCUCAACGGAACACUCCAUGAGCUGCCAUCUUCAACACCUGCCAGGCCUCUGCAGUUGCAGGUACUAAACAUCUCAAGCAACUUAUUUGCAGGACAGUUUCCAUCCGCCAUAUGGAAAGCAAUGGAGAAUCUGGCCGCACUCAAUGCCAGCAGUAACAGCUUUACUGGGCGGAUACCAACUCAAUUCUGUAACAGCUCACCAUCCUUCACUCUGCUUGAUCUGCGUACCAAAAAAUUUAGUGGCAACAUCCCCCAAGGACUCGGUGAUUGCUCCAAGCUGCGAGUGCUCAGAGCCGGGGAUAACAACCUCAGUGGAACGCUCCCAGAUGAACUCUUCAAUGCAACCUCGUUGGAAUACCUGUCUUUCGCAAACAAUGAUUUACAUGGAGUUCUUGAUACUGCAAACAUAGUCAACCUCAGAAAUCUCAUAACCCUUGAUCUUGGAGGGAACAGAUUCAGCGGAAAGAUUCCAGAUUAUAUAGGUCAACUCAAGAGACUGGAGGAGUUCCAUUUGAACAACAACAACAUGUCAGGGGAGCUGCCAUAUGCUCUCAGCAACUGCACAAAUCUCUUAACAAUCGACCUCAAGAGCAAUCACUUCAGUGGAGAACUUACCAAGGUCAAUUUCUCCAACCUGCCCAACCUAAAAACUUCAGAUCUAUAUUCCAACAACUUAUCCGGCACAGUUCCAGAAAGCAUAUACUCGUGCAGUAAUCUGACUGCGCUGCGGCUAUCUACUAACCACUUACAUGGGCAGCUCUCGUUGAGACUAGGUAAUCUGAAGUAUCUCUCCUUCUUGUCACUUAGCAAAAACAAUUUCACAAACAUCACAAAUGCACUUCAGAUUCUUCAGAGCAGCAAGAACCUGACCGCAGUGUUUAUUGGGUACAACUUUUGGGGAGAGAUCCUCACACAGGAUGAAACAAUUGAUGGUUCUGGAAGUCUUCAGGUUCUCGAUAUGCAAGGUUGCAAUUUUUCCGGGACAAUACCUGUAUGGAUAUUAAGGGCUACAAACUUACAGAUGUUAAUUUUAUGUGGCAAUCGACUCACUGGGCCAAUACCAGGCUGGAUUAGCUCUCUACGUCAUCUCUUCUAUAUGGAUGUGUCAAGCAACAGUCUUACAGGAGAAAUCCCAUUAACCUUAACCGAGAUGCCAAUGCUUAAAUCAACUGAUAACGCAACUCAUUUGGACUCAACGGUCUUUGAGCUAAUAGUUUAUAACAGCCCAUCACUUCAGUACCGUAUGAUCACAUCUUUCCCAGCAGUGUUGAAUCUAGGCAACAACUACUUGACAGGUGUAAUUCCACCACAGAUUGGCCAGCUCAAAGCGCUUGCCGCUCUUGAUUUCAGUUUUAAUAAGCUAUCCGGGGAGAUCCCACAAUCGGUUUGCAACCUAACAAACUUGCAGGUGCUAGACUUGUCCAGUAACAAUCUCACAGAUGCUAUCCCAGUUGCAUUGAACGCCCUGCACUUCCUUUCAGCAUUCAACAUUUCAAACAAUAACCUAGAAGGACCUAUUCCAUAUGGAGGCCAGUUUGAUACAUAUCAGACUUCUAGUUUCAACGGGAACCCACAGCUGUGUGACUCUGUUCUCACUCAAAAAUGCAAUUCAGCAGAAGCGCAUCAACCCGUCAUUCUGUCAGAAAAAAGAGCUGACUAUAAGAUGGCCUUUGUGAUUGCAUUCAGUGCGUUCUUUGGUGUAGGGGUGUUGUAUGAUCAGUUAGUCUUGUCAAGGUAUUUUGGCAAGUCCUACUAAGGUUUAGUGACACUCCAACAAACAAGCUUCUCCUGUAGGUGUGGGCACAAUUAGGUUAGCAAAAAAUAUUCUAGGACGAAGAGUGAUUUCAUUCUAUGGAGAUGUAAAAGUAUGUAACAAUGUAACAUGAUUUGAGCUAGAAUAUGCACUCCUUAUUCUAUGAAUUAAUAGCUUUAAUUUCAUCA